CUCCAGGAAGUGGGAGGCGCUGCGGGACCAGGGCCCACGCGCUGGGACGGGCGGGAAGGCCCGGCCGCGCAGGGCUAGCGGCACUGCGGGCGGCGUGUGGGCAGGCGGAGAUCGCAGGGACCCUGAGGAACUGCUUGCUGGCUUUUAGGAGCGCGGGUGCGCAGCAUCGUCCUCAGUCCUCGAGGCCUCUCCCAUCUGGGUCCCUUUCCAAACACUCCUGAUGCCUCAUUUGCCUCUGGCCUCUUUUCGACCACCACUUUGGGGGCUGAGGCCCUCACGGGGCCUCCCCAGGUCCCAUCCCCUUUCUACACAGCCAGAGCCCCAUGGAUCUCCCAUCUCCCGGAGGAACCGAGAAGCCAAACAGAAGCGCCUGCGAGAGAAGCAGGCGGCGCUGGAAGCUGGGAGAGUCGGGAAGAGCAAGUCCCUUGCAGAAUCUAGUAAGGCCUGGAGUCCUAAGGAGAUAAUAUUGUAUGAAAUCCCUACAGAACCUGGUGAAAAGAAAGAUGUCUCUGGGCCCCUGCCUCCUGCAUACAGCCCCCGAUAUGUUGAAGCUGCCUGGUACCCAUGGUGGGUGCGAGAGGGUUUUUUCAAACCAGAAUAUCAGGCCCGGCUGCCCCAGUCCACAGGGAAGACCUUUUCCAUGUGUAUCCCACCGCCCAAUGUCACUGGCUCCCUACACAUCGGCCAUGCACUCACGGUGGCCAUACAGGACGCCCUUGUGCGCUGGCACCGGAUGCGUGGGGAUCAGGUGCUGUGGGUGCCUGGCACAGAUCAUGCAGGAAUUGCUACACAAGCUGUGGUGGAGAAACAGCUGUGGAAGGAGCAGGGGGUGAGGAGACACGAGCUGAGCCGGGAAGACUUCCUCAGGGAGGUGUGGCAGUGGAAGGAGGCGAAAGGUGGAGAGAUCUGUGAGCAGCUGCGAGCUCUGGGUGCCUCCCUGGACUGGGAUCGAGAACGUUUUACCAUGGAUGCUGGCUCUUCAGUGGCUGUGACCGAAGCCUUUGUGCGGCUCUACAAGGCGGGGUUGUUGUACCGGAGCCAUCAGCUUGUCAACUGGUCAUGUGCUUUAAGAUCAGCCAUCUCAGACAUUGAGGUGGAGAGCCGGCCCCUGUCUGGCCGUACGGAGCUUCUAUUGCCCGGCUGCCCCACCCCUGUGUCUUUUGGCUUCCUACUGUUUGUUGCCUUCCCCGUGGAUGGAGAGCCUGAUGCAGAGGUCGUGGUAGGAACCACGAGGCCAGAGACGUUGCCUGGAGAUGUGGCCGUGGCUGUUCAUCCCGAGGACUCUCGAUACACACAUCUACACGGGCAUUGGCUUCGUCACCCCUUGACAGGGCAGCUUCUCCCCCUCAUCACAGACUCUGCUGUUCAGCCGCAUGUGGGCACAGGGGCAGUGAAGGUGACUCCAGCUCACAGUCCUGCCGAUGCUGAGAUGGGGGCCCGACAUGGCUUGAGCCCCCUGAGUGUCAUUGCAGAGGAUGGGACCAUGACCUCUCUCUGUGGGGACUGGCUGCAGGGUCUUCACCGAUUUGUGGCCCGGGAAAAGAUUAUGUCUGCGCUGAGGGAGCGGGGCCUGUUCCGGGGCCUCCGGGAGCACCCCAUGGUGCUGCGCCUGUGCAGCCGUUCUGGGGAUGUGGUAGAAUACCUACUGAGGAGCCAGUGGUUUGUCCGCUGCCGGGAAAUGGGGGACCGAGCUGCCAAGGCUGUGGAGUCGGGGGCCCUGGAGCUGAGCCCCUCCUUCCACCAGAAGAACUGGCAGCACUGGUUUUCCCACAUUGGGGACUGGUGUAUCUCCCGGCAACUGUGGUGGGGCCAUCAGAUUCCAGCCUACCUGGUCACGGAGGGGCAUGCAAAGGGCGACAGGGAGGAGUGUUGGGUGGUCGGGCGGUCAGAGGCUGAAGCCAGGGAGGUAGCAGCAGAACUGACAGGGAGACCAGAGGCGGAGCUGGCCCUGGACAGGGACCCAGAUGUCCUGGACACAUGGUUCUCUUCGGCUCUUUUCCCCUUUUCUGCCCUGGGCUGGCCCCAAAAGACCCCAGAUCUUGCUCGUUUCUACCCCCUGUCACUUUUGGAGACGGGCAACGACCUUCUGCUGUUCUGGGUGGGCCGCAUGGUUAUGCUGGGCACACAGCUCACGGGGCAGCUCCCCUUCAGCAAGGUGCUCCUUCAUUCCAUGGUUCGGGACAGGCAGGGCCGGAAGAUGAGCAAGUCCUUGGGGAAUGUGCUGGACCCCCGGGACAUCAUCAGUGGGGUGGAGCUGCAGGAGCUGCAGGCAAAGCUGAGAGAUGGCAGCUUGGACCCCACAGAGCUGGCCAUUGCAGCUGCAGCACAGAAAAAGGACUUUCCUCAUGGCAUCCCCGAGUGUGGGACAGAUGCGUUGAGAUUCACGCUGUGCUCCCAUGGAGUUCUGGGGGGUGACUUGCACCUGUCUGUCUCGGAGGUCCUGAGCUGCCGGCAUUUCUGCAACAAGAUCUGGAAUGCCCUGCGCUUUAUCCUCAAAGUCCUAGGGGAGAAAUUUGUACCUCAGCCUGCAGAGGAGCUGUCUCCCUCCUGCCCCAUGGAUGCCUGGAUCCUGAGCCGCCUUGCCCUUGCUGCCUGGGAGUGCGAGCGGGGCUUCCUCACCCGGGAGCUCUCACUGGUCACCCACGCGCUGCACCACUUCUGGCUCCACAGCCUCUGUGACGUCUACCUGGAGGCCGUGAAGCCGGUGCUGUCGCGCUCACCCUGCCCUUCAGAGCCCUCUCAGGUCCUGUUCUCCUGCGCUGACCUUGGGCUCCGGCUCCUUGCCCCGCUAAUGCCCUUCCUGGCUGAAGAGCUCUGGCAGAGGCUGCCCCAAAGGCCUGGCUGCCCCGCUGCCCCCAGCAUCACUAUUGCCCCCUACCCCAGUGCCCACAGCUUGGAGCACUGGCGCCAGCCCGAGCUGGAGCAGCGCUUCUCCCGGGUCCAGGAGGCUGCACAGGCACUGAGGGCUCUCCGAGCCACGUACCAGCUCACCACAGCCCGGCCCCGAGUGCUGCUGCAGAGCCCUGAGCCUGGGGAGCAGGGCCUCUUCCAGUCCUUCCUGGAGCCCCUGGGCACCCUGGGCCACUGUGGGGCCGUGGGCUUCUUACCCCCAGGUACAGCAGCUCCCACCGGCUGGGCCCAGGCUGCACUAAGUGGCACACUUCAGGUCUACAUGGAGCUGCAGGGUUUAGUGGACCCGCAGACACAUCUUCCUCUGCUAGCUGCCCGAAGGCACAAGUUGCAGAAGCAGCUGGACAGCCUCCUAGCCCAGGCCCCAUUGGAAGGGGUGGCAGAGACUCAGAUGCAGCAACGGCUCUCUUCCCUACAAUUGGAACUGUCGAAACUGGACAGGGCAGCCUCGCACCUCCAGCAGCUGAUGGAGGAGUCUCCUGGCCCCGGGGAGCUCAAGCCGUAACUCCCCAUCCCUGUCUGUUUUCCUCCCUCUCAGACCCAUCUUUGGGGACAAACAGAUUUGUCAGCCGUUUUGGUGCGAUUGGACUAUGUGGCCCAC